CCGGCCGCUCCUAGGCGGCUGCGCCUCGCCGCGCUGCAGGCGCCGGGCCGGUGUUGGACGGAGCUCGGCGCGUAGCGGCCGGUGUUUCCCUGUGAGGCUGGAUGUGGCGAUAGGGGGCCGACAGCGCCCCGGGAAGAUCUGUAACAAGCACAGCUGGUGCUUUCUCAGGACCCUGUUCAGAGUCUUCAUGUUGUCCCAUCUAGAUGAAACUGAUCUGAGAAGAAGCUGGGGACAUUCUGUUUGGGCUGUGUGUUUCCAGUAAGCUUUUGUCUGUGAAAAAGGCAGGCGUGUAUCCUUCAAGAAGCAGAGAGGUACAGACUAAAUGGAUCUAAAGACAGCAGUGUUCAAUGCAGCUCGUGCUGGCAAGCUGCAGCUCCUUUUGAAGUUACUGGCAAGCAAAACAAGAGAAGAGGUAGCCCUACUGAUGUCAGAGAAAACCAAUGGUGCCACACCACUUCUGAUGGCAGCCCGUUAUGGUCACCUUGACAUGGUUGAAUACUUGUUGGACCAUUGCUCUGCGUCAAUAGAAGUUGGUGGUUCGGUGAAUUUUGAUGGUGAGACCAUUGAGGGGGCUCCACCGUUAUGGGCAGCAUCAGCAGCUGGCCACUUGAAGGUGGUUCAGUGUCUCUUAGAUCAUGGUGCAUCUGUCAACAAUACAACUCUGACAAAUUCAACACCGCUUAGAGCUGCCUGUUUUGAUGGUCAUCUGGAAAUAGUAAAGUACCUUGUGGAGCACAAAGCAGACCUGGAAGUAUCAAACCGUCAUGGGCAUACAUGCUUGAUGAUCUCAUGUUACAAAGGCCACAAAGACAUUGCUCAGUAUUUACUUGAAAAAGGAGCUGAUGUCAACAGAAAAAGUGUUAAAGGAAACACUGCGUUACAUGACUGUGCGGAAUCUGGAAGUUUGGAGAUCAUGAAGAUGCUUCUCAAGUACUGUGCUAAAAUGGAAAAGGAUGGUUAUGGAAUGACUCCCCUUAUGUCAGCUAGUGUGACAGGCCACACAAAUAUUGUGGACUUUCUGACACAGCAUGUACAAACCAGUAAGGCUGAACGCAUAAAUGCUCUGGAGCUUCUAGGAGCAACGUUCGUGGACAAGAAGAGAGAUCUGCUUGGCGCUUUGAAGUACUGGAAGCGAGCUAUGGAAAUGAGAUACAGUGACAGGACUAAUAUCCUGAGCAAACCUGUGCCACAAACACUAAUUAUGGCAUACGAUUAUGCUAAAGAGGUAAACAGCUCACAAGAGCUAGAAAAUCUCAUUGCAGACCCUGAUGAAAUGAGAAUGCAAGCACUAUUAAUUAGAGAACGUAUUCUUGGUCCUUCUCACCCAGAUACAUCCUAUUAUAUUAGAUACAGAGGUGCUGUCUAUGCAGACUCUGGAAACUUCAAGCGUUGCAUCAAUUUAUGGAAAUAUGCUUUGGACAUGCAGCAGAACAAUCUUGAUCCACUGAGCCCUAUGACAGCCAGCAGUUUACUGUCAUUUGCUGAACUUUUCUCCUUCAUGCUACAAGAUAGGGCAAAAGGCCUGCUAGGCACUACUGUCACAUUUGAUGAUCUCAUGGGUAUACUGUGCAAAAGUGUGCUUGAAAUAGAACGGGCCAUGAAACAAACCCAGUGUCCCCCUGAUCCGAUACAGCUGAACAAAGCCCUUUCCAUCAUUUUGCAUUUAAUUUGCUUGUUGGAGAAAGUACCUUGCAGCUCAGAACAGGAGCAUUUUAAGAAACAGACUAUUUACAAGUUUCUUAAGCUUCAGCCCAGAGGGAAGAAUAACUUCAGUCCACUUCACCUUGCUGUUGAUAAUAACACUACAUGUGUGGGUCGCUACCCAGUUUGUAAAUUCCCCUCUCUACAAGUUACUGCUAUCCUGGUAGAAUGUGGUGCUGAUGUGAAUGUCAGAGACUCAGAUAACAACAGUCCGUUACACAUUGCUGCGCUGAACAACCAUCCAGACAUCAUGAAUCUUCUUAUCAAGUCAGGUUCACACUUUGAUGCCACAAACUUGCAUAAACAAACUGCUAGUGAUUUGCUGGAUGAGAAGGAAAUAGCAAAAAAUUUAAUCCAGCCCAUAAAUCAUACUACAUUGCAGUGUCUUGCUGCUCGUGUAAUAGUGAAUCAUAAUAUAUACUAUGCAGGGCACAUCCCUGAGAAACUAGAGAACUUUGUUUUGCUCCAUAGGUGAUAGUAUGGAGUCCCAGAGUACUGAUUUUGAAACACGACUUGGUGAAGAUAUUUUCCUUGAGCACUGUUGUGAUACACCAGCGUUCCCUUAGCUUGCUCCAUCGUGCUGUCAUUGGCUAAAGUAUUGUUAGCAUCAGAUCUGCAGAGUUGGUUACCCAGUAUUUAAUAUGAACAUGCCAUAUAAUAUAUUUUGUGGAUUAUUUAGUUAUGUAAUGCCAUAUCUAGACUCUUUAAAAUUGUCUGCCAAAGGCUUGUCUAUUCUGGUUUUACUUGCCUGUUGGGUGUUUGGAACUGGGUUGAAUAUCUUCCACUGAUGUCUUUUUGCUAUAACUGUUAUGUGGAUUUUAUACAGUUGAAGGGUCAUCUUUUGGUUUUGCUUGAGCAUUUCUACUCUUCCUGUAUUCUUUUUCUAUGGACUCAUUGCUAAAUCGUACAAGUUGUAUGGACUUGUUAACAUUUGCAACUACCAUAAGUGCUUUUAUCUUCUCUAUAGUGCAUAGAGAAACAUGACUGUUGUGUGUGAGCAUAUUUCUAUGCAGCACUUGGCCAAUUUCAACUUAAAUGCCAAUUUUGUUUUGCAGUUUGUUUGGAGCUCUCUUGAGAAUGCUGUCUUCAUAGCAUGAUUAAUUUUGGAGUUUACUUACCAGCUCUCCAAACUUGGGUUUGACUUUUUUGACUGCUGUAACUGAGGUUGCUUUCCUUUUGAUCUUUGGAAACUUGUGCUAAAUUUGGGAGAAGAAAAAUCUUGCUUUUUCUCAUUGUAGUCCACUUAAAGUUUAAAUCUGAAAAUUGUUUUACUGCAUUGUGCAGUUAGGGAAGAGUCCUCAUUGUGUAUGACUGACACCUUCCCCUUUGCACUGAUGUCUUGUUUGUGCUGGUUAUGUGACUAGAUGUGAAGUUUGCUCAGAGUUUAACCUUGAACUUAAUGAUACACUUUAAAGAGAAAUAAAUCAAAUGUAUGCUGUAGUUUAAAAUUUACAAAUCAACUUUAGCUGCAAAAGAAAAUAAAGCAUGUCGAUGGCAUGAUGCUUAUCAGUCCAGAUCUAGACAUCAUCAAAUAUAGUAAGUGGCUGUUUGCCAGGGUAUUGGAAGUUCUCUAGCAGUGUCCUUUUUUCUUCAUUUUAUGUAUCUUUUUAAAUACUUGCAUGGACUUUAUAUCUCUACUAUGCCGUCAGCUGUACUUAACAAGAAAGCAGAAGUUCUGUUGUGUAUGUAGCUCCUAAUUAAAGUACCUAUUUUUAUAAUAUUUGCACAACAGCUUAGCUUUUACAACAGAAAGGGCUCUUUUGAAUUGAUAAGAAAUCUAAACAAUGUUAAAUCUGAGUGUGAAUCAGGUAUUUAAUAUAAUUCAGCACUUUACUGUUGAUUAAUAGUAGAAUUUAUUGUGGCACAUUAGACCUGCAAAUGUCUUAAAUUUAAAUUAGUUUCUGUUGGAUAGGUAAGUUAGCUUGCAGGUUUAGUUGUCAAGCCUAUUGAAUGUCGGUGGGCUUGAUAUUUUAUUUCAGUGGUGGGCAGUUAAGUGUGCCUGUGGGGUUCUUGCUCCAGAAACUCAACAAGUUGAUUUAGGCCUUUGGCAGUGAUAGACAUAUUUAGAAGCCAAAUUGAUUAAAGGUAAAUUGAGGUGAGUCUUUUUUAAUAUUUUUAUUUCUUAAGUUGAUGUCAGAAUUCUUUUGUUGUUUGUAAAUUACAUUGAGGAAGAAUGUGUCUUAGGAGCAUAUAAGAAUAGUUCUUCCUUGCUUUUGGGCUUUUGGUAUUCCUGUUAGUGUACAGCAUGGUGCCUACCAGCUUAGCCAUUACUGGGGAAAAAUAUGGGGAUGCUUUUAAACAAAGAUAUGUUGAAAGCAGUGCUGUUUGUGUAUUGCCACUUUCAGAGUCUGUAUUUUGAAGCAACCUUCAUCUGUUUGUCCCAUGCCAUGUCUACACGGUAUGAAAUUAUGAGAAUCAUAGAAUCUCAUAGGCUGAAAAAGACCUUUAAGAUCAUAGAGUCCAACCGUUAACCUAGCACUGCCAAGUCCACGACUAAACUAUGUCCCUAAGUGCAAUACCUCCAGGGAUGGUGACUCAACCAUGUCCCUCAGCAGCCUGUUGGAGUGCUUGACAACCCUUUCAGUGAAGAAAUUUGUUAUGAUAUGCGAUCUAAAUCUCCCCUGGCAUGACUUGAGGCCAUUUCCUCUUGUCCUAGCACUUCUUAUGUAGAAGAGACUGACACCCAUGUUGCUACAGCCUCCUUUCAGGUAGUUGUAGGGUGUGAUAAGGUCUCCCCUCAGCCUGCUCUCCAGGCUAAACAACCCCACUUCCCUCAGCCGCUCCUCAUCAGACUUGUGCUCCAGACCCUUCACCAGCCCCACUACCCUUCUCUGGACACGCUCCAGCACCUCAAAGUCUUUCUUGUAGCGAGGGGCUCAAACCUGAACACAGUACUCCAGGUGUGGCCUUACCAGUGCAGAGUACAGGGGUAUGAUCACUGCCGUAGUCCUGGCUGCACCGUUUCUGUCUGGUACAAGCCAGGGUGCUAGCUGCUCUCACAAAUACAUAGGAGUAAAUUUCUAUUAAAUUGGCUGAAUUUCUCUGAUUUGUAAUGAUUAAAACACAUGAUACCCAAGUUGUCAUUUGUGUGAACAUCUAAGUUGAUUUUUGAUUUUUUUUAUUUUUUAAUACUUUUCUACUAUUCUGUAAGUAGGGAUAAUCAACAAAUCACUAGAAAUGAUCCACAUUAUUCUUCAAGUCAUUAAUUCUUUUUCUAUAGGUCACAGAGAAAGGGGUUUUUAGAGUUUGAGUUUUAUACUCUGGAAUCUCUACUCUUUAGUGGUUUUAAGUUUCUGUCUUUCUAACUGUCAAAAACCAAAAUGUUUAAAAUUAGUUGGAUAUUAUUAGUCUGCAAAAAUUGUUAAUUGUUAGCAAAUUUUUAAAUGGAAAACAUUCCCAGAAGAGGAAGCGUAUCACUAUUAAGUAUAUGUAAACCUAGUGAAAAUUGCUACAAGGCAGGCUUAUUCUGUUAGCUGCUCUUUAAAAACAAACUAAUUUAAUAGGAUGCACUGAUUUAUUGUAUGUAGUUCUGUCUAAAUAUCAACCAAUGUGCAUCAGUCCUAAAGACUGUCACCUCUGUGCAGAAUUUAAUUUUUCAUGGUGAUAAGGCUAUCUGCUGAACUGUUGCCUUGCUGGAUACUUGGGCUCAGGUGUCCAGGCAGAUGAGUUCAUGCAUUUAAUAUCACUUCCAUUUAGCCCUGUGUGUUUACAUUACUCUGCUUAAUUUCUCUUAAUUUAAAACAAUUCGGUAGAGAGCCUGUGCUGGGUACUGUGUUAGGCGUAAGUUGGAUUUGUUGAUUGGAAGAGAGGGUUGGGGCAGCAGUUCUUGAGAUGCAUGUGCCACUAAGGCCAGUGCAGUUGGGUAGUAAGUUUUGCCCCCUCAGCCCCUGACUGAAAUCAGUUUUGUCUCCACACCAAUUUUGUCUUAACUUCAGUAUAGAUACCAAAUUUCUGGACCAGAAAUCUGUUCCAUUCUUACUGUGGUUACUCUUCAGAGGUGGGUAUAUGUUUUAUUUUAGUGGAACAUGGUGAUGAUACACGCAGUAGUGUUGCUAGCUGGACUCAGACUGUGGUAAGGAUGAGGAACUAAAGAACAUUCAAAACACAUUUUAUUUUUAUCAUAUUUUUAAUGCAUUCUUUUUCUGUUCUUUUUUCUUCCUGUUUGGGCUUUUUUUUUCUGAGGAUAUACACUGCUUCUGCUGCAUGCUGAUCAGAGCUACUGAUGCAGAAGAAUGCUACAGAAAAAAAAUUAUGCCCUGAAGGGAUGAAACAGGCUUUAAAAUUGAUUAAACAGUUCCUAGGUAUUGCUCUCUAGAGACAAAGACACUGAUACUUCCUCACUUGUUGAGACCUCUGAAGCUGUAUUUUUGGGGAUAAAUACUUAAAGCAGUUUUUCUGCUAUUCAUCUUGCAUUUCAACUUAAAUACUUCAACCAGGAAGAUGAAAGGUAUUCUCAUUAAAAAAAAAAAAAAAAAAGCUUUUCUUACCAAAUUCUAAAAUUUUAUUCCUAUUUUUGUAUAGCUUAUGCUCGUAACAAGAUUCCAGCUGUUUGUGGUGUCUCUGUUCUGUUUAAGUGCCGUGUGAAGACAUUUUCUGAAAUGCAAGGCAACAGUGUGGUUAGUUUACCUUUAUACACAUUACAACAGUCCCUGGAUGAGAAGUUACUUAGUGUAUUUCCGAAGUCCCCAAAGAGCUCUGUUUUAAUGAUUGUUUUGCAACUGGUUAAAAUUAACCUCUUCCAUUUGUACAAAACACUACCUUAAAAAAGGAAUAGAGUGCUAUAGCAAAAUCCUUACAGGAGGGUUUAUGAAAAGAUAAUAACCUUGUGAGGAAAAAAAUGUAUCCUCGGUUUGUAUCAACUGCAAGGUGACAAAGGCAGGAUGACUGCUCUUGAAAUAGCUUCUUGCUUUGAAAUAGAGUGGAAUGCCUGUUAUACUUUAAAAUGUUGACAAAUAUAAGUAGGCUAAACACUAAUUUCUAUCUUCUGUGAGUACAGUGAAGUCAACUGGCAUUUAAUGUUUCAAAGUAAUUUUGGGGAAAUUGAUAGGAGAUAUACUAAACUGCUCAUAUCUCUUGGCUUUAAGUGUGAAAGUAACUGUUCAGCCCUCAGUGAGGGCAGAAUGAAAAGCUAUUGUUAGUUUGAUUUUAACUAACGUGUUUGUGUUCCAUUCUGUCACAAAUAAUUCCUAUGCAGGGCUAGCUCCAUGUAUGGAAAUAUUGCAGUUUCUUUUUUACGUGACGUGAUUUAGCUUUAACAGUAAUGUAAAAAAGGAAAAAUAAGCAUAUUUCUCUGCUUUUACUCUCUCUCUCUAGGCUCCAGAUGCAGAUUACAUUAAAAAUAUGUUUUGGAGAACA